CAUGCAUUGACAUUGCGGAGUGAACAAUACCGUCGAGAAGGUCUAUCAAAUAUCGCCUAAAAUGGGUGCCCAAGUGUCCCGUAACGACUUUGAAUGGUCAUAUACAGAAGAACCACAUGCUACCCGACGGAAAGAAAUCAUAAAAAAGUAUCCCGAGGUGAAGAAGCUGAUGGGACAUGAUGCAAACCUCAAGUGGGUUGUCAUGGGCAUGGUGCUGUUCCAGAUAAUCACAUCCUACUUUGUUCGAGACUUCCAUUGGUUUCCCUUCUUCAUGAUGGCAUACUGCAUCGGUGGUGUUCUUAACCAUUCUCUUACGUUAGCAAUCCACGAGAUUGCACACAAUUUAGCAUUUGGACACUCGAGGCCCUUGUUGAAUCGGGCAAUUGGUAUGAUUGCCAAUUUUCCACUGGGAAUUCCGAUGUCGGUGUCAUUCAAAAAGUAUCAUUUGGAGCACCAUAAAUACCAAGGCGAUGAGGAUUAUGACAUGGACCUGCCAUCGAGACUGGAGGGUGCAUUAUUCCAUAACAGCUUCACAAAAUUCCUCUGGCUCAUUCUGCAGCCAUUCUUCUACACUCUGCGGCCGCUGUUCUUACGACCGAAGCCACUGACCUCAUUAGAAGUGAUUAAUAUAACCACCCAAGUGUUAUUUGAUUGUGUAAUCCUGUACUUUUUUGGCUGGAGAUCACUAGCCUACCUUACAUUCUCAACAUUCCUAGCCAUGGGAUUACAUCCGGUUGCUGGACAUUUCAUAUCGGAGCAUUACAUGUUCGUUAAGGGUUUUGAAACCUAUUCAUAUUAUGGACCCCUCAACUGGAUUACUUUCAAUGUCGGAUACCACAAUGAACAUCACGACUUCCCAAAUGUGCCUGGUUCAAGACUUCCAGAGGUGAAGAAGAUUGCACCUGAGUAUUAUGAUAAUCUGCCCUGCCACACAUCAUGGACCAAGGUGUUGUACGACUUUAUCACCGACCCAGCCAUUGGACCUUACGCUCGCAUCAAGAGGAAGCGCGUCGAAGCUGGUGAACAGAACGGCAACACGUUAGUGAAGGACCGCUCCGAUUAAAACAUGAUCUGAAUGCUCAAACAGACUCUGCUAGAACUUUGAAAAAAAUUUAAAAUUCCUGGCGUGGCGGUAAAAAUUCUGAAAGAAUAUUGUGUAAGAACCCAUCAUGUUAAAAUUGAUGGCUAAAUGUUUUCUAUGCAUUAAAACUUUUUUGGAUGACUUUACUGUCAGAGCCGGAUGAGUAUCUGACUGGUAAUUGUCAACCUUGAGCUGAGGGAUUCUAUUCUAAAGCUUGAAACCUUUACAAUCAGGGCAAUCGUCCAAUGCAAUGCUGGUGCCUUUGUUAUUGUUUUGACAACGUUUUAUAAGGCUUCAUUAUUAUUUUAGAAUCCUACAGUAAGGCCUGUAUGGUAGUAUUGCACUUGCAGGUCCAUGUCAUGCUGCAUGGACGAGUAGUAAAAUCUAUGGUGUCCUCGGGGCGUUUUAAAUGUUGACCAGAGCUUAGUUGGUAACUACAUUUAUAGCUGAAGAUUUCAAACCCACCUUAGCUUGCAGUGACUGAGGCCAUUAGACUAAGACUAACUAUUGUGUGUGCUAAAAAGCCAAAAUAACUGCUAAAGACCCAGGUGUGACCUGGUCUUUUGUAAUUAGUGCAAUAAUGAUGGUUCGAUUGGUAAUAACAAUAGAAUGAGUGGUAAUUUUGUGAUGUCACCCUUUCCUGCUGUGGACAUCUUGCAAACUGCCCUAAAGGCAAAGAGAUUUAACUCUUUUCUUGUUCUAUGUUGCUGUGUUUUCCUGUUUUUUUCGGUCAGAUCCAAAUAUAGACAUUUGGAAUCCAUGCAACCCAGAACAGAACAUGCGUCGCAAUUCACAAUGUACUAUUUCCAAAUCUUUUUCUCUGCAAUAGAAUCUUGAUGUGCUAACUUUUCUCACCUCGGUCUUUUUGCUUGAUGUACUUAUAUAUAUACAGUAGAACCUCUUUAUUGAGGACACCCUGGCUUCAAGUGCUGUACUUAAUAUAGAAGUGUCCUGAUUAGUUAGAGAGGUCAAAUGAUUGGAAUCACCAAUUUGGGACCAAAAGUAGUGUCCUUGAUAGAGAGGUGUCCACUAAGACAGGUUUCACUGUACUGUGUCGAUGCUAUUACAUUAAAAGUCAGUUGACCCGUAUCUUUCAUUCCUAGAACUUGCCGGGAGGACCUUCUGAACAUGAGCCUCAUCAAAAUCUAAGCUUACCAAAUGAACAAAAGAUAGCCAAGUGAUAAACACUGGUAGGUUAACUGGUUGAUGAUACGUUUGUCUUAUUGUUGUUGAUGCUUGUUUCUUCUUCAUAUUUACCCUGAUUGCUGUCAUAGCUUGGACUGAGGAGACUGCUCUGUUGAGUUUCUUGCCAUUGAAUUGUUAUUUAUUCCUUCCUGUUCGUUUGUGGCCGGAUGAGUGAGUCUGGCGUGAUGGCUUCGCACCAAGGAUGUUCGCCAGAAUUUUCUUCGAGGGAACCUUGUGGGAUGGCAAAGAUCAACAUCUCAUAUUUUCCAAUUUAGAAGUCCCACCUUUAUUAGAUACAUUUUCCAAAGUCUGAAUGUGUCAGUAUCACCAUAUUUCUAGAUCUAAAAUGCAAAAAAAACGAUUUUCCCUCAAUUUUUUUGUUGUUGUUGGUACAAAAAAAACCUGGCACCUGUUUUAUACGAUGCAGGUACAUUACAUGUAGGUAGUACAUGAAUUCAUGGUCCAUUGUGGACCAUAAAACUCUUAUAGAUGAUUACCUUGUAGUUCAAUUUUCAGACCUGUAACUAGAGGAGACAAAACUAAGAAAUGUUUUGAAAAGUUCAGGGUGCUUUAAAAAAGGAAUCAAAUAUUCAAAGUUGCAAUCAAUUAUUGUUCAUGUUGUGGUAAAAUGCACAAGUUAUUUUCCCAAAGUAAUACUUUUGUUUAUUUUACGCAAGGGUUAAACAUUAAUCGAAAAUACUGUGCCAGUAAUUCGAGAAAUGAGAUGGGGUUUAGCUUUUUCCAGGUUUACAAAAUGCAUUGGCCAACUGCUCAGAACAAUCAUUUUCAUUGGUCUCUUGAUUGUGUGUUGACCACUGAAAUCCACAUGUACUAUGUUUUUGCUUCAAUUCAAUAAAGAAGUGCGCGUAUUAUUUCA